UGGGUCACACACUCGGCUCGUUUCCGUUGCAUCAUCCGCUUCUACUGCACGCACUGCCUCCUACGCAAACACCCGACGUCGUUUCGCCCGUCCUGCUUAGCCUUCUACGAUUCCUCCCCGCCGCACCACUCUCACCGCGUCUCCUGCUCCGACUGCGGCUCCUACACGCACAUCCACUGCGCAGACGACGCAAACUCCACUCCUUACCGCUGUCCCCCUUGCCGUGACCCUGACUCCUUCUCCUUCUUCCGCCCUAUCAUCGACGCCAACGGCGUCCGCUGCGUCGAUAAAUCCCUCUCGGGAGCGUUCUUAUGCGCGGCCAAGAUCUCUGCCUCUUCCAUGAACAAGGCCGUCAGCUUCGCUAAAUGCGAAGCUGAGCGGAAAGGAAAAGACGCUGCCGUAGCGAGGAAGAGAGCACGCGAGGCUCUGGAUGACGUCAUCAAGCUCGACGAGAAGGCGAAGUCGGACGUUGAGUUCUCCGCGAAUCGAGAUCAGAAACCAAGUCUGAGUCCUGCAUCCACCAAUUCAUAUCAACUCAAGAAACCGAAGGCAGAUCACCCUUCAGUUAAGUAA